GUGUGGUGUACUGUGAUCAAUGACGUCAUGACGGUUGCGAUCUCUGAUGGCUGAACAACAACAACUGUCCGCGAGAGACAAACUUUCACAAACUUCUUCUAAAACAAAAGAAAGUUGGAAAUAGCAACAUUUUUUCCGUCGUAUGAUAGUCAGGAGUGUUUGUUUGUUUAUUCCCUGUAGUUACAAAUGUGGAAUAAGUGAUGGAUUCGAGAUAUGACAUACCACGGAGGGCCGCCGGUGGUGGCGGGGGAUCCGCGAACUCUUCCCCCGCCAUGGGGGCUCAGUCGCGCCGCAGGAAGAUGCCUCCCAGACCCGCUGAUUUUAAACUUCAAAUUAUCAUUAUUGGCUCCCGUGGUGUCGGUAAAACUAGCAUCAUGGAGAGGUUUACCGACGACACUUUCUGUGAAGCUUGCAAGUCGACCGUAGGAGUUGACUUCAAAAUCAAGACAGUGGAGCUAAGAGGGAAGAAGAUCAGGCUACAGAUAUGGGACACUGCUGGCCAGGAGAGAUUCAACAGCAUCACCUCCGCCUACUACAGAGGCGCCAAGGGAAUAGUGCUAGUGUACGAUAUCACUAAGCAGGAGACCUUCGACGACCUGCCCAAAUGGAUGAAAAUGAUAGACAAGUACGCCUCAGAGGAAGCAGAGCUCCUCCUGGUCGGGAACAAGCUGGACUGUGAGGCUGAUCGUAUCAUCUCCAGACAGCAGGGAGAGAGGUUUUGCUCUAGAAUAAGUGGAAUGCGCUUCUGCGAAGCUAGUGCAAAGGAUAAUUUCAAUGUGGAUGAGAUCUUCCUGAAGCUGGUGGAUGAUAUCCUUAGCAAGAUGCCUCUGGAAGUUUCCAACACGGAGCUUUCCAACAGCGUCCUGUCUCUGCAGCCUGAACCGGAAGUGCCUCCGGAGUUACCGCCUCCCCGCAUGCGCUGUUGCUGAGAGAGUCAGAGUGGUCCCCCAUCCUGUGCACGCACGCACGCACACACACACACACACACACACACACACACACACACACACACACACACACACACACACACACACACACACACACACACACACACACACACACUACACUACACUACACUACACUACACAAACCACACACACGCAGAGUACCAACCUGGCCACCAGGGGGCAGCAGACAGCAGCAGUUAGAAAUGAUUGAUUGCUGAUGUAAGAAGCAUGGACUCCUCUCUCAACAAACGCUAUUAUAUUCUCUUCUCCUGUUUCGUACACUAACAAUUAGGCAACCUAUUUACUACCACCCCCUUCUGUCUACACUUGACCCAGACUACCUCAUUCCUCGGACCGCUAGCUGUUCCCCGCAGGUUCCUUGGAGGUAGAGAGCCCUCUGGUAGCAGUUGCACAUUUUACAAGAGGGUGAUGAUUGAGGGCCUUACAGCUUCCUGUUACUCAUUACAUAUAGUGUACACUAAAUUUGCCUAAGUUGCCCAGAAGGUCUGGUAUCUCUGCAUCAUCUAGCUAACAGAAAAGGGAUAUCUUGGAUCUCUACAUCUUAGUUUUAUGUUCUGGGGUUAAGUACAGUCCUUUUGUACUGUCACUAAACGUUUUUAAUUACCAAGUAACAAGAUGACUUGAGGUAAACAAAAGCACAUGAUGUAAAUAUGGCGUGUUGCUGUAAUGACUGGACAGGCUGCAGAUUGUUGUGGCCAGCAGUAGGUGGUUGUGUGGCGGUGGAUCAUAUCAGUUCAUAUUCCUUUUUGCCUUAAAAGUGUUAAAGUGGCUGGAACGGCUCAUUUCACAUUUGUAUAAAUUGUUUUGCACUACAGUCCAUCUUAGCUAAGACCACAUGCAGAAAAAAAUAAGUGCACAACUUGUAGUUUAGUAAAGAUGGAUUUUGCCUUUGGUAGUGGUCAUUCUGAUCUGAACUCCUCUACACUGAUAAAGUGGGAUGGAGUAUGCAAGGAAAGAUGGGUAAUGUAGUCUUUGAGGGAUUGGUGUUUUUAUAGGGGCAUUCUCCAUGUGUGUAACUGGCUUGUUAGAGGGAGUAGGAACAGUAAAGCUAGUAGACACAAACAUGGUUUUAGCCUUUGUUUUGUUACUAAUAUUGCCAAGUGUUUUAUUUUUCCUCUGAACUCAAGAUACAGAUUAUAGAAGAUCGUUUGAGUCUCCCUUUUCUGGGUGUAAUAAGUGUUGGAAUGUUUGUUUAGUAAUUGAAGGACUCAGGAAACUUUGAUGGCUCAUAUCUGCACAUUUUGACAGGCUUCUAGUGUUGAUGUGAUUCGAAUUUCACAACACACUUAUACGGAGACAUCUUCAAGUAUCCUGCUUGAAAGGGGACGUUGUUUUUAAGAAGAGGUCAGAUGUUUUUAAUUUAUGAUUUGGAAGUUUGUUACGCACCAGUAUGGGCGUUUCCCAUUAUUCGUUCAUUUUAAAAGAAACAAGGCUAUGCAUGGUCAGCCUUCCUGUUUUCGUAGAGAUAAGUAGACAUUUGAACUCUUCCGUCUUUUGAAAAUGAAUGCAAUAUUGUAGCACUUAGUCCUGUUUUCUAUGAGGAAGUGAAAGCCUGAGGACAGUCUGAAGGUGAGGGACGACGAGCCCAUUCAAAGGACCGGAUUUAAAUGACCGAAACUGACUUGGCGUUGGUUCUUUUGAUUAUUUUGUUGAUUUCUAAAAAUUAAAGUCAAGCUUAUGUGGGCUUCAGUGGCACAUUAUGUAUCCUAAUAAAUCAACAGUUUCAUACCAACAAAAUAAACCCUAACCCCAGCCGGCAUACAUACAAAUGAUUUGUCACUUUGCAAUUGUCAUCACUUCUUUUGGUUUUGUUUUGUGGAAUAAAACCUUUAAUUUGCCCCCUUUGUGACUUCAGCAUUUGGCACUAACCCUGUGGUCUUCGUUUUUAAUAGCCAAGCCUUAUACUACUCAGUGUUUUAGAUAUACAUUUGAAGAAAUGCUUUUAAUUUGAAAUGUGUAUCCUUUUAAGAUGGAAAGACUGUACUUUGUAUUAAAAACAUGUUAUAAGUCUUUGAAAAGUUUUGGCAUGUUUAAAGCAGAUAUGUGGUAUUUAUAACUCAUGGCAUUCUUGGAACUAAUGAAAAAUGCAAUUAAAGAUAUCUAUAUUUAUUACCA